GCGGAAGAGAAAUUUGUGUUGUUGUUUUAGGCAGGCGGUUAGGGUGUGGGUAUUACGCAGUGGAGAGGCACAUUUCAUUUGUCUGCAUUUCAGAGGAAGAUGUCCCAUUUCAAAAGGGCGGGUAAUGUGGACAGUCUGGCGGGCUUUCGAACCCCAAAGCCAGAGGCAGCUGUUCCCUACGGGCUGCUAAAGGCAGCCAGGAAAAGCGGCCAGCUCAACCUGUCCGGCCGAGGCUUGACUGAAGUCCCUCAGAAUGUGUAUCGGCUUAACAUUGAUGACCCAGCGGAAGCCCAGGAGAACGUAUCGUUUAGAGGAUCAGAUCGCUGGUGGGAACAGACCGACCUCACCAAACUUCUGCUGUCGUCCAAUCAACUAACACAGCUGUCUGAAGACAUCAAACUCUUACCUGCACUAACUAUACUGGAUCUCCAUGACAACCAGCUGAGCAGUUUACCCAGCGCUCUUGGAGAGCUGCAGGAGCUUCAGCAGCUGCGACUAAGCCAUAAUAAGCUGUCAUCGCUGCCAACAGAGGUGUGUUCCCUAAACAACCUUCGUUCCCUCACACUUCAGCAGAAUCUCCUGGAAACUGUGCCAGAGGAAAUAGGAGAGCUGGGGAACCUGACAGAGCUGGAUCUGUCCAACAACCUUCUGAAGCAUCUGCCCUGCAGUGUUGGCCGUCUCUCAGCUCUGAGGAAAAUCUCCCUUUGUCACAACAAGCUGAGCAGUCUGCCUGACGGCCUGGGCCAGCUGGCAAACGUGAAGCUCCUGGACUGCAGCCACAAUCAGCUGACUAACGUUCCUGUCAGCCUGGCCGGGAUGCUGGCUCUGGAGCAGCUCUACCUGCAACACAACAAGUUGCGCCGGCUGCCACAGCUGCCUGCUCCUGCUCUCCGGGAAGUGUUUGCUGGGAACAACCAGGUGGAGCUGCUGGAGGCCGAGCAGCUGUCCUGUCUCUCUGCUGUGACUCUUCUAGAACUGAGAGACAACAAGAUCAGAAAUCUUCCUGAAGAACUCGCGCUGCUGCUCACUCUGACCCGGCUGGACCUCUCUAACAAUGACAUCAGCACUCUUCCCGCCUCUCUGAGCCUGCUGCCCAAUCUGAAGGUGUUGCUGCUGGAGGGAAACCCUCUCCGUGGAAUCAGGAGGGAACUUCUGGCUAAAGGAACCAGUGACCUUCUGAAAUAUCUAAGAGGAAGAAUUAAAGAGGAGGCUGAGGGAGCGGCUGGGCCCACUGCCAUGACGUUACCUUCUGAAGGUCUGGUCAACACGCACAACAUCAAAACUCUGAAGAUGUUGGAGUACAUUGACAAGCAGGCAGCCAGUGUUCCAGACGAGGUGUUUGAUGCUGCAGCACAUCAGGCCAUCACCUCUGUUAACUUCAGCAGGAACCAGCUGACAGCUUUCCCACCCCGACUGCUGGAGCUCCACUCCUCGCUAUCGGAUAUCAACCUGGGCUUUAACAGACUGAGCUGCUGUUCUGCUGACAUCUGCUCCCUCCAGAAGCUCACACACAUUGACCUCAGGAACAACCAGCUGACUGAUUUACCCUCUGAAAUGAAGAACCUUUCCAAACUACGAUGCAUUGUGCUAAACCACAACAGGUUCAGCUCCUUCCCUGAAGCUCUGUAUCAGAUUGUAACCUUGGAGACAGUGAUGCUGGGGAACAACCAGGUGGGUGGGGUAGAUCCCAGCCGUCUGAUGCAGCUGCUCAGUCUGUCCACCCUGGAUCUGUCCAACAACGACCUGCUCAACGUCCCUCCUGAACUGGGCUUGUGUACCAGUCUCAGAUGCCUGAGUCUGGAAGGGAAUCCUUUCCGCACGCCCAGAGCAGCCAUUGUUGCCAAGGGAACGAAUGCAGUGUUGGAGUACCUGCGCAGCCGCAUCCCUACAUGAGGCAUAAACUCACCUGAUGGUUCAGCAAAAAGGAUCAAGUUUUUUUUCUUUUUUUUCUUCAACAUUUAUCAAAUUUUUUUAAAGAUAUUUGUUGCCUACAUUUGGUGCUAAAAAUCCAGAGUUGUUUUUGUAAAACUGGAAUGUCCAAAACCUUCUAAGAAGUUAUUUCAGGAUAUAAAGAGCUCUCUCUUUUCAGCUGUUUUGUGGUGUUCUUAUGUAAACUCUUUAAUUAUCAUAGAACUUUAUGGGUUGAAAAUUUUAUGAAUGAAUAAACCUUUCUUAUUUGACAUGUCAAGUCUUGACAGCUCUGGUAAAAAUAGCAUACAAAACUAAAGACAAACCUAAUAAACACAUAGCAAGUAUAUACAUAUUUAUGCAUUUAAUCAUACCCUCAGCAGAUUGACGGAUGAUGAAGUAAUAAAUAUUACUUUAAAUCUC